CAUAGAUUUGUUGUAAUCAUGUCUAUUGAACAUACAGGAACAUCUCCCAUGUGUUAUAAAAGAAUUUGUUGGAGACGUGUAAUUAUCACACAGUCUAGCUGAACGUUGACGCUGAAACAUGGAAAUAUAUCUCGUUACAACUCUUAUAUUGUGCGGAAUUGUGGCAUCCGGCAGUGGGCAAAAUUGUAUAUGGAACCCGAGCAAUGUCAUGUUUCCAAUAAACGAAGUUCUCUUGACUCGAGCCGCAUUCGACUCUAUGAUUAGCAAAAAUGCAUUACUUGGCCAAGUUGAAUUUGCUCUACCUUAUCCGCCAUCGUUCUAUCCAGAUCCGAAUUUCUACUGUAAAAUCGUAAAAGUGGACAAAGACGUAUACCAGAGAAAUUGCACUUCAGGUUUCAGAGGAUCUAUGUGCCUUUUCUAUCCUGCAAGCUUAAAUACGUUGAAUCCGGAACAAAACAGAGCCAUAUAUUCAUAUCAAUAUUACGGAAUUGAAAUGACAGAAGCAUAUUGGUCAAAAGAUCCCACGAAAUAUAUUUGGAGGAUUCAAUGUCAAGGUUAUGAUAUUUUUCGGAACGUCUGUGCUGUUGCAAAUGUGCGGCUAAGUCUGUUUGUGUUCAACAAGGAUCAGUAUGAUAAAAACGUCAAGGACACAAGCAAGAUUGACUUGGAAAAUACCAUUUGUGUAAAUUAUUGGAAUGAUUUGAGAUUCCAAUGGUUUCUCUUGUACCUUAGAGAGCCGUGUGGUUAAGUACCCGGAAAUCCGGAAGAAUAUUCUUUGCUCCAGAAUGAUAAUUAAACCGGCUGAAAUGUAUUCGGAUAUCAUUGCAAAGCUAUAUUCUAUUACUUUGAUUUCUAAAUAAAAUUAGAUACAAUGUAGAUUUUAAAACUUAUUCUUUCCCUUUUUCCCUAUGCGAGAACCUGAAAAUGAUAAAGGUAUGCUUAAUUAUUAUAAUUUAUAUUGAACACGUUACAGUGAAAUCAAAAGGAAGAAGCAAAAUUAAAAACAAACAUUUUACAAAGAUUAGUGAAACCGGAAUCACUAAAAACGCCCGAUGCAACAAAAUUGAAAAUGCUGCAGGCUUGGUUCAAUAAAGCCUUCACAUGAACGGUGCUAGAAAGAGCAAGUUAUUCCCUAUCACUAAAGAACGCCCAAUACUACACAAUUAAAAAUAAUCCCGGCUCGGUUAAGUUUAUUUGAUCAUGUUCAUGGACGUAACUAGAAAGUACAAGUUAUCGCCCAUGCCCCAAAGCACAUGAUUGAGCAGAAGUCAAAAUGUAAUAGUGAAAUUUGAAUUUAUAAACGUCCAAAAAUCUUGAUACAUUACUAUGUGAAGUCUAACGGUCACCGCAUUCGACUCGGCAGGUUACCGGCCGGGACCCGAAAAGAUUCUGUUCGUUGCACGUAUGGUCUGACUGCACCGGGAUGGACAGCGUACGGAUCGCGUAAGUAAACUUUAAACAUAUUAGACGAAAGGUAAAGCAUUGGACUAAAUUGGGCUUCCCAGGUUCGAUUCUCGCACGUCACAGGUCACUCUCGUGUUGGUUGACCACGGGUAUUUCCACUGUGCCUCUUUACUGGCAUGUACCUUGAGAAGUAAAGGCAAUUAUUACAUCUAACAAAUCUUAAAAGUGCGCAUGUACAAAUGGUCUCAUAUUUCACUCAACACUGGCUCGAGAAUU